GGAACUGGUGGAGCUCGCCUUUCAGCAGCUGGACAUCGCACACAGCAUGGAGGACAAUCUGCUGAGAGCCGAGGCCUACCUCAACCUGGCGCGGGGCAACGAGCGUAUGGGCAGUCUGGACAGCGCGCUGCAGUAUUGCCGCCACUCGCUGUACAGCCAGUGUGAUCAGUCCCGUACCACCGGCCAGGUGCACCUCUGUCUGGGCAACAUCUACGUCACCUACUCCAACUUCAGCAAGGCCAUCGAACACUACGAGCUCGCGCUGAAAGUGGCGCGCAGUAUACGAGACGUCGGCCUAGAACUGCUUAUUUAUGUCGGCAUGGGUCAGGUGUUCAACGUGCUCAAGGACUACAACAAGGGUCUCCAGCUGGUGGCGAAGGCGUUCGAGCUGUCCAAGAGUUUCCAGAUCUGUGAUCUGAACAUGCGGCACCAACGGCUGGCGCUGCUGCACCUGGUCACGCCGCUGAGGAAGCUAGGCAGGAUGUCAGAGGCCUACGAGUGCUGUCAGGACGCGCUGCGGAUGGCACUAGAGGCAGGAGACCGGCCACUAAACGCCCGAGGUCUCUGCGCCAUGGGUGAUAUCCUCAGACAGAAGAGCGACGGACAGCGCGCCUACCGGCGGUACGAGGCGGCGCUUCAGAUGUUGACAGAUAUGGAAGACGCGUUCGGACGAGUUCUGGCAUUAGACGGCAUGGCCAAGUCCAUCAGUCUGCUCUGUCGUCAGAAGAAGGUGUGCGACUGCAAACCACUGGAGGCAUACACCAGGCUGCUGGAUGCCGUUACCAACUGUGGCAGCAAGCUGCUGCUAAGGAACACCCAUCAGCACCUGUCGGGCAUCUACGCGGCGCUCGGCGACGACGAAAACGCCCGACUGCAGGAGCGCCUGGCCUCAGUACUUACAGAAGAGAUGGAGCUGUACUGUGCCGUGUGUAACCAGCCGCUCGGGCAGGAGCCGGGAAACAGUCUGGAGGCGCUGCCCUGUUCACAUAUCUUCCACCAACAAUGCGCUCGCGAGCUGCUCUCCAAGAGCGACAGGCGCAAGAAGAAGCGCAUCUGUCCGCAGUGCCGGAAAACGGUCAACUCGCGGAUGAUGUUCGUGUGCUACGACGACGUGAAGUACGACGGCCACUACCCGGCCUUCCUGGCCAAUAACACGACGCACGUGCAGACGCCCGACCACCCGUUGUGAUAUGGGCCGCCGAGCUCUGAGGUCGCGCCGGCGGGUCCGCGCGCGCCGCCGGCAGGCGCGCCGGCCGACGCGACGGCGCCGACGCCGCUGCCGGCGCCGGCCCGCUGCCUAAUGGCGCGCGCCGUCACCGCCGAGGCGCUCGUGCAGGCGAUGACGAUGCUCUGGAUACAGCGGCGUGACGCGUGACGCGGGUGACACAGUGUGACGCGCGCGACCGGUCUUGGCCGGCGCGGCGCUCAGGGACUCGGCACGGGACGGUGCGUCUGGCGGCGGACAGUGGGGUGGUUGUUGGGCUGUUGGCGGGUCGGUGGAGCCGCUCCCGGCGGCGGCACGGGGCUGGAUGUUGACUGGUUGUUGUGGGCGGGUCGUGGAGCGCUGAGUGGCGGCGGAGGCGGCGGUGUCGCGGUCGCGGAGACAGCCGGUCUCUCCUGUUACACAGGGUAGAACUCCGCUUGUGUCUGUGACCUGGGCCGGACUCAUCCUACCCAGGGUGACUCGCCGCAGGCACUGACCGCCGCUCAACCGAGCGUUCGGAAAGAUGGGCGAUUGGAAAUGGAAAUCAUGAGCGUCGUUUGUAGGCAGAACGGCCCGGUGCUGCCUAUUGUUGGUCUGUGCCAAAGGCUCUAAUCUGAGAGCCUUGCAAAGGCAUUUAAUUGAUGUCUUGACUACAUCAGUUGGAAAAUGUGGAAAGCAGCCUCAUUUGUGAGGCAGCUCGGUCACGACUAUCACAGUACACCUUGGCAGAAUCGACGAAUCGCAUCUACCGAAUAUCACCAGUAAGAAAGGAGCAAUACUUCCAAUACCACGGCGCGUUUGGUGAUGGCAGUUGGUUGCCUUUGUGCUUGAUGAGCCCGAGGGGCAUUGACUUGUUUCUGUGCAUUUGUUACGGCAGCGCAGAGUGCGCUCACGGGUUUGCGGCGCGCACGGUGCGUCGGGUUUGCCUCUGCGCUCCGAUUACCUGCUCAGAGCGCCCGGCCCCACAUCUGUUGUUUGACGAUCUUGCGUUUGGACUAUUUUGCAUAGGUGCUUUCUCGAAGGACUAUGACAAACAAGUGUGCCAAGCGCGUGCACGCGCGUGCGUACGUGAGCGUACGCGUGCGUGCGCGCACCGCGCGCCUUCGGGUGGUCGGGACCGGCGGCAAAAGCGGCGCCCGGUCGGCGCGCUGCGCCCAGUGCGCCGGCCGCUGCUGCGCGGACCGCGCGUUCGCCAGACUGCCAACAUGGUUGCUCAUUCCCUUGCUAACUUUAAGCCUCAUAGGUGUAGCUGUUGCUGUUGAUGGUGGCGAGAUAGCUGACGAGAACUGGUGCCGAGAACCCUGACUAAAUUCACCCUCCACCGGCCGACCCACAAAGUAGGAUUAACUUUUGUACAUGGUGUUUGAUAUCUCUCGUAGCGGCUUCAGUUGAU